CGCCCACUAAUCUCCUUUUUUCCUGCUUGCUUCCGUCCAUCCAGCGCAAGCCAAUUGGUCAUCCACCAAAACCUUUCCUUUCCGCUUCGCCUACAAGCUACGGAAUCGACACGACAACAAUAACGAUGUUGAGUUCACGAAUCACAGCUGCAAGGCACAUUCGCCAGGCUGCGCGUCGCCUGCCAACAACUAGCGUACGAUCUGUCGCCUCUGCUGGCGCUCCUCCACCACCACAACCACCGAGACCACAAAGACGAGGAGGCAAGGCCGUCGGAUUCCUUACAAUCUUUGCUAUUGCUGCUGCCGGCACAUAUUACUACCCGCAAAUCAAAGACCAAUUGGAUGGGGCAAAGAAACAGGAAAGCGAGGAGGCGCAAAAGCCCAGCAUUCCCCAAGCCGAACUCCAGUUUGAACAGGCUCGCGCAAAGGCUCUAUCUGAGGAAGACAACAGAGAACUGCUGAGCUCGCAGCAUCUACAGAUUAAGCAAAGCUGGGAGCACCCUGGUGUCUACGUUUGGGGCUCCAACGCAGGAAAGGUGGUCGACCUCGAGUCCAAGGAAAAGUACAUAAAGCUCCCUCGCCGUCUCGAGUUCUUUGACGACCAGGUGCUUCGCGACUUGAAGCUCACACAGCAGUUUGGUGCGGCUGUUAAUGAAAAGGGCGACCUGGUUCAAUGGGGUCUCGGCUUCUCCCAAGCCAACCCCAAACCUACCACUACUCUACAAGGCAAGGAUCUGGUGAAGAUUGCGGUGUCCAUGGAUAGCAUCCUUGCUCUUGGUCGCAACGGCAAUGUCUACUCCAUUCCUUCGUCGCGUAAUGACCAGGACGGAGGCGCCAAGCAAACACAAUCCAAGGGCUGGUCUCUCUGGAGCUCCGGCGCAGAGGCUGUCAGCUUCCGCACCUUGACCCCAGGUUCUCUAAGCUGGGGUGAGCGCAUCACCGACAUCAGCAGCGGCGCCGAGCACUGCCUGAUGCUUACUUCCAAGGGUCGCGUGUUCUCUGCUGCUGCCACUUCGUCAACAUUCCCUUCCAAGGGCCAGAUGGGUAUUCCUGGCUUGACCUGGGAAACUCGUCCCCAAGGCGCCUACGACCAGGCCCACGAAAUUGCCCUUCUCAAGGGCCGCCACGCUGUCCAGAUUGCUACUGGUGACUUCCACUCCGUUGUCUUGGACAAGGCUGGCCAAGUGUACACAUUUGGCGACAACAUGUACGGACAGCUUGGUUUUGAGCCCAAGCCCAAGCUGCAGAUGGUCGACCGACCCACGAUUAUGGAGACUAGCAAGCCGUAUGAAAAGGAAGGGUUGGUCCCUACAGUCACCUCCAUCGCCGCAGGAGGUUUAGCGACUUUCUUCACCGUCGAUGCUCGCCCUGCCAAGGUAGAUGCUCUGGCUGGCCCCAAGUCGUUGGCACCAUCGAAGCGCAUGCCCAAGUCUGUCACCGAUCUCUGGGCUACCGGCCAAGGCACCUAUGGUUCUCUUGGUACGGGCCGUUGGACUCACGUAUCUGCCGCCCCUGCCAAGGUGAAGGCGCUGUCCUCUUUGUUUGAGUUUGACGAGAAGAAGAACAUGCUUACGCCCAUCAAGGUCAAGUCUCUGAGCAUUGGUGCGACGCACUGUGCCGCCAUCAUGGACAACGUCACAAAGGUGGUCUCUACGGGCUGGACAUCUGCCGAGAACCAGACCAACGUCGGUGCCGAUGUGCUUUUCUGGGGCGGCAAUGAGUUUUACCAGCUCGGUUCGGGCAAGAGAACCAAUUGGAACACUCCCGACUACAUCGGCCCUCUGGACGGAGGAGAGGCCGAUGCCGCCAAGGGACGACAGGGCGAGACGCAGCGCUUGUGUCUCGCUCCCAGGCAAACCGCCCGCACCGGCGUCGAUGGCAAGGGACGCAAACUGACGCUUGAGCAAAAGGUCGAGUGUGGACGAUACGUGUCAGGUGUCUACUCUUCCGUGUAAGCAAGCUGACACACCAAGUUGUACUAUGAGAGAGGGGGGUCUGUACGAGCCGUGUGAAUACGGCAACGGGGGGUAAUUCAUGUACUGUAUAAUAUGAAAGCGAAAUACCAUGUGCCAGAGAAAAAAGAUUGGAUCAGCAGCAACAGCGUCUCUCGUAUUUCGCAAGAACGCAGGCUAUUUUUAGGAACGUCCAUUCAACUCCCAAAUAAUUCCAAAAAAGAAUGUCUUUUAUUGCAUCUGCGUAUGUAACCAUGUGACAAGACUGUCUUUGGGUUUUAGAUGCAUCUACCGAUAUAAAACAAAUAUAGGCCGUAUGAUGGCAUGGUUAUUUAUAUCCAUGAUACCGGUUCGUGGUCAUGCUGAGACCCUCGUGUGGUUGUCGCAUGGGUGGCCAAGGAUGGCUUGUAUAAACAUGGGAAUAAAUUUAGAUGAAAAUACUCACUAUAUAACACAGCCUUUGUUGCUAUUAUUUUUCUUUUUGUCUGUUUAUUUUUAAGCGAGACUAGUUCCCGCAGAUCAGAGGUUGCAUCACCCAAUGGCGCCCUACCCAGCCUACUGUAAUUUAGCUGACCAUGCAGCUUUCCAAACUCAGCGCCGAGUGUUAGUGCAGCCCCGCGUACGCCAACAGUGGCGCUUAGCAGCUUUGGCCCCCGUGGAAAAACGGGCAGUGCCUCAUGCCACCCCCGCCAGGCCAGGCGCUUCCGGAUCCAGCGUCAAGGUCGACUUUUUAGCUUCGCCUCUUCUGCACUGCCAUCAGCCUUUGCUCCCUUGUUUUCCUCCUUCUUCUACUUUUCUCUAU